AUGGUCAAAGUAACAGUAGCUGGAGCAGCAGGUGGAAUUGGUCAACCAUUAUCAUUAUUAUUAAAAUUAAAUUCUAAUGUAACAGAAUUAUCAUUAUUUGAUAUAGUAAAUGCAAAAGGAGUAGCAGCAGAUUUAUCUCAUAUAAAUACUCCUGCAAUAGUUAAAGGAUAUCAACCGGAAUCAAAGGAAGAUAAAACUGCUAUAGUUGAAGCAUUAAAAGGUUCUGAUUUAGUUAUAAUACCUGCUGGAGUACCAAGAAAACCAGGAAUGACCAGAGCUGAUUUAUUUAAUAUUAAUGCAUCAAUUAUAAGAGAUUUAGUUGCAAAUAUUGGAAAAACUUGUCCAAAUGCAAGUAUAUUAAUUAUUUCAAAUCCUGUUAAUUCAACUGUUCCAAUAGCUGCACAAGUUUUAAAAAAAUUAGGUGUAUUUAAUCCUAAAAAAUUAUUUGGUGUUACAACAUUAGAUAGUGUUAGAGCUGAAACUUUUUAUGGUGAAUUAACAGGAAUAAAUCCUACUUUAUUAAAAGGUAAAAUUUCUGUAAUUGGUGGACAUUCUGGUGAUACUAUUGUUCCAUUAAUUAAUUAUAAUACAAAUAUUCCAUUAUUAAGUAGUGAUAAAAUUUAUGAUGGAUUUAUUAAUAGAGUUCAAUUUGGUGGAGAUGAAGUUGUUAAAGCUAAAAAUGGUGCAGGAUCAGCUACAUUAUCAAUGGCUUAUGCUGGAUAUAGAUUUGCUGAAUAUGUUAUAAAAUCAUUAACUGGUGGUGAUUCAAUAAUUUCUAAAGUACCAGAUUCAGCAUAUAUUUAUUUACCUGGAAUUGAAGGUGGUAAAGAAUUUUCUGAAAAAUACUUGAGUGGUAUUGAAUUUUUCUCCGUACCAGUUUAUUUAACAAAUGGGUCCAUUUCUGGAUUUGUUGAUCCUUUUAAAAAAUUAAAUGUUAGUGAAAAGGAAAAGAAAUUAAUUGAUGUUGCUUUAAAGGGAUUAAAAGGUUCAAUUGAACAAGGUAUUGAAUUUGUUAAUGCAUCAAAAUUAUAA